AUGGGAAAAACAUCUAAAGAUAAGAGAGAUAUUUAUUAUAGAUUGGCCAAAGAAGAAGGUUGGAGAGCUCGGAGUGCUUUUAAAUUGCUUCAGAUAAAUGAAGAACAUAACAUAUUCAAUGGGGUGCUACGAGCCGUUGAUCUUUGUGCUGCCCCUGGUAGCUGGAGUCAGGUUUUAACAAAGAAAUUGCGACAAAAUGCCGAAAACGAUGACGAUGUCAAGAUCGUCGCAGUCGAUCUCCAAGCUAUGGCUGCAUUACCGGGAGUAAAACAAAUACAAGGCGAUAUUACAAAAAUAUCCACUGCCAAUGAAAUCAUUAAAGAAUUUGAAGGAUUGAAGGCUGAUUUAGUAGUUUGUGACGGCGCUCCAGAUGUUACCGGCCUACAUGAUAUAGAUGAAUAUGUUCAAUCACAACUUCUAUUAGCAGCUUUAAAUAUAACAACCCACGUGUUGAAAACUGGCGGUGUUUUUGUGGCGAAGAUAUUCAGAGGGAAAGAUGUCACAUUAGUAUAUUCACAAUUGAAGUUAUUUUUUGAAUUUGUAACAGUAUCAAAACCCAGAAGUUCAAGAAAUUCUAGUAUAGAAGCCUUUGUUAUAUGUCAAAAUUAUAACCCACCUCCGGGAUAUGUUCCAACUAUGAUCAAUCCUCUUUUGGAUCACAAAUAUUGUGACUUCAAUCAACUCACCGGACCAAAUAGAUUUAUAGUACCAUUCAUUGCUUGUGGGGAUCUAAGUGCAUAUGAUUCCGACACAUCAUAUCCACUAUUACUUGAAGGCCAAACAUCCUAUGAGUAUAAAGAACCAGUACAAGGGCCCAUAGAUCCACCAUACAAGGAUAUAUUAGAAAAAACAAAGUCUAUGCAAAUUAAUAAUUCUUAA